CGAAGCAUGUUGUAGUUCGUUUUCAAAUCGGCAGCUACGAAGACGAGGUAAAUUGUGACGUUGUGCCAAUGAAUUGCAUUCAUAUGAUGCUGGGAAGACCCUGGCAAUUUGAUCGACAAGUUUCUCAUGAUUGUCGGAGCAAUAAAUUCAAAUUUAGGCAUCACGAUAGGAAGGUAAUUCUGAAACCUCUUUCGCCGGAUGAAGUUUAUGGUGAUUUGAAGCAGAUGGAGGAAAAUAGGAAUGAGGGAAAGAGCGUAGGAGCUCAAUUAUGUGACAGAGACGUGUUGGAUUUAAUUUCAUGUGCUUUCGAAAGCUUCCACAGGUUGUCUCAGACUUGGACCCCAUUCCCUGUCCAAACUUCUGUUUUGCGACGGGAAAACAGAGUUCGAACUCUGUUAGAUUUGCCGGCGAUGAGGAGAGGAAACCAGAGCACGACCAGGCUCAAGAUGAGUACCUCGAGGUUGGGGAAAGUUCAGAGAAGAGAGGAGAGGGUCGGAAUCAGACUGAGGAUAUACGAAUCAUCCUGGUGACGCGGGCAGUAGAGCGUUCCAAUUCUCCGGCGAAACAUGGCAGGAGAGAGGGUCGAAUGGGUGGGACUCUGGAGAGAAAUCCGACGACCACCAUGGAGACCGACACGUUCCAUUGCGCCUCAAGAAUCUCUCACCUCGAUCACAUGGAAACGAAUCCUUGUAUUUUUCAGAAUCAAAAUCGAGCAGAGUGCGCUCUGAAUAUGCUCAAACCCGAGCACAGUGCUAGUGAAUUGGUCGGGAAGAUUGGAUAGGAGUGGAAACUCACCGAUGGUGCGGGUGUGUUACCCACGAACCCAGGAACAUCAAAAGAUACUUCAAUAGAGGCAAAGCAACCUGAAAUUGAAGAAUUCGAUCGCGUAAGGAUGCCUCUGUUCGUGGACAAGAACGGCAACAAGGACCCUCUAUUGGGUAAAGCAAACCAGCUCGAUUUGAGCAAAUUCAGCCCGUCAAAACCAUUCAUGGAGGUCCAAGGAACGUGUAGUAUCCAUCAAUUCGACGCGAAGAGGAUCGAACAAUAAUCGACCAAUUUCCAAUUGGAAAUUCUGGGUUCAAAAUUUUUGAAAACUGGCGACGGCGGGAAAGGAAGUAUGGCUGAAUCGGAGGUGAUGACGAUGAUUCGAGGUUGGGAGGGGGUUCGAAAAUUCAAUUGGGGGCCUGGAGAAGAUCCUGGCGUCAACGAAUUUCACUGGAAAUCCUUGACACCAAAAGCACCAAUUUGUUCGAGCUAGUUGACGUGUAAAGAGGAAGUUCAACGACGUGGUGGCUGUUCCGAUCCCAUUCAGGAAAAAUUGGACGUCAAUGCUAGUAUAUUUCAACCCCAGAAAGCAUUUACAACAACCCUGCAAGCUUCAAAGUUCGUAGAACAGAUCGAAGUUUGAAUUGAAGAUGUUGAAAUUCUGCCGAAGAUUGUGUUCGAGUAGCCCUCUUUCGAUCCAAUUUGGGAUCCAUUCUGUGUAUUGUUUGAGCAAAGAAAGGCCAAAGUGUUGAGGGCAACAAUAUUUCAAGAGGGAGGGCCUGCUAUGAUCCCAAAAGGCAAACCAUACACGUUUAAAUUACUUGACGAAGAAGCCAACGAAGUUGGGAAGAAGAAGGGCAUAAUUUGGCUAAGUCAAAAUCUAUGUUCAGGGUACAUACUUUGGAGGUAUGGUUCUCUCAAUUGACUAGUUUCAAAUUCAAUUUUAAGGGUUUGUUUUGCAGAUAAAGUUUCUAUCUUUAC